CGGCGGGGGCGGGUCCGCGGGCCGGCGGCUGCCCGGGGCGGGAGCGUGGGGCGACCCGCAACGCGGCGUCUCGGCGCGUCCCUGAGGCGGGCCUGUGGCCCCGAGGGCCCUGGCGGCCUCGGAGUCGGCGCCCUCCCGCCGACCCGCGGAAGCCCCUGUCGGCCGGGACGGGCGGGAGCGCGCCAGCCGUGGAGGAGCCCCGCCGGCUUAGCUGGAAAGACGCCCCUGUGCCUCGUGCCCUGCUCCGCGCUGCUGUGCGCGCAGGCGGUGCCGGUGCAGUUUCUGUGGGAAUGAGAACAGUUCCAGGGCGUUGCGUAGACCGUCGGUGACGCAGGACCCGGUAGCGGGGAGGCCCCGAUGCCUGCAGCCCCCGUGCCGGACCUGGUGGUUUUGAGGAGCAGCCCGAGCGGCCGGGAUGGAAACCCCUGCUUCCUUUACCUGCGAUGUGACCCCGAGGGCGGGGAAGAAAUCGCUUCUGUGGGCGUUUUAAGUUCCGCCCGAAACAUGGAAGUGUACUUGGGAGAGGAGUACUGUGGAACCGGCAGGGGCCAGAGUGUUCGCGGUGCUCUGGGCGGCAGUGAACCUGAAAAGAUUAUUUUAUACAAAAAAUAUCUGAAAUUGGAGUCCUCCACACAUGCUUGUAAAAUAAAGUUGCUCUCCUUUGGUGAAAAGCAGUGUGUGUUCAUCAGUAAACUUGUCGUACAUAUGCAGCCAGUUUCAGCAAAUUCUUCAACAAGCCCUCAGGCUCUAGGAUCAAGGAUAGACCUUGACAGGGUCCAAACCAUCAUGGAGUCCAUGGGGUCUAAGUUAUCACCUGGAGCUCAGCAACUGAUGAAUAUGGUUAGAUUGCAGCAGCAGAAUUGUAUUCCCAUUGGAGAGCAGCUUCAGUCGGUUUUGGGAAAUACUGGACACAAGCAUAUGAUUGACCUACAAUCAUCGUCUACUUCAGGAGCCUUCAGCAAGUCAUCGUCCACACCUUUUCCUUUUAGAACUGGAUUGACAUCUGGAAAUGUGCCUGAAAACUUAAAAGCUUACCCUGAUAAAAGUACGCAGCCACUUGGUGGAGGAAAUAUUGCAAACCUUGAAGAGCGUAAAAUUGUGCCACAAAACCAUUCUCUUCUUGAGAAUGAUCUUAAAAAUGCACUAUCUUCUUUCCUAUCAAAGAAAGCAAGUGAUAACUCAAAUAUACCAAACUCUGAGCUGCUGCCUCUUCUACAGAGUAUGUGUAGUCAAGGUAACCAUUUCCACGUAGGACGUAACACCAAGUGGCUGGAAAACAUCACUAAGCCCAGUGAAGGCAUUGUUGGUGCUGCAAUGGAAGAGCAACCUGUUUGCUCCUACUUGGAAAAGAUUCUUUCUAAAAAUAUGGAACUGAUGGAGAAGAAACUUAUGGACCACAUCGAUCAGCAAAUGUAUAAACUCCAGGAGCACAUAGAUAAUAAGAUUGCUUUGUUAAUGGACUUGCUGCAAAAUCCCCACUCCCCAGGCACUGGGACGCCUCUAAGACAUUAUGACUCUGGAGAAAGACUUUCAAAUGGAGAAAGAUAAGUGCUCAACAUGUACAGUGUGCUAAGAUAUUUAUUACAUAUUUAUUACAAGGCGAAAACCUCAAAAAACUUUAUGAAAAUUAAGUAUUUAAUGUCCUUUGAACAGUCACCAUUUACUUACGUAAAGUGACCUCUGUGUUCAUUUUUAUUGCACUUAUUAUAAUCUAGUACUGUACACUAAGAGUUAACAUGAUAUGGUCAUAAGUUAUUUUAGUUUGUAAUAUUGUUCACUCUUACAGAAAUUUAUGUCAACUUCUAGGUUGCUUAAGUGUUUAAAAUUUUUAAGGGUUUCUAAUGCAGUUCUUUAUUUUGUAUUGUAUAUGUGUUUGAUAGAAGUACUCUUUAUUUAUAAAAGACCUUAUUUUAUAGUCUUAGUAUGAAAAAGAAGGCUUACACUAUUUGAUAAUUUUUUUUUCUUUGUUCCUGGAAAAUUGAAUACUUAAGACUUGGAACCUUUAAUUCAGAUCACUAAUUUACAUUUUGUAUUAUUUAUCUCAGAUUAUGAAUAAGAUGCAAUGUUUGGCAUGUGUAAAUAUACACUGAGCUGUUAAUAUUAUUUGUUUCAGUACAGUAGCAGUAAAUAUGAAAAUAAAAAUCAGAACUGGCCAAUUCUUUGUCAGGAUUAUUACUUUAGAUUUAGUGUUUGAUGUAAAACGAGAGAAGUCAUCUUGUUUUAUCUCAAUACACCCAGAAAGUACAACUCUCCUUUUCUGAGCCAGUGCUUCUUUCCAGAGCCCUCUCUGGUAUGUUGAAAGUGUGGGCUGCUGAGGUUCUGCACUGAAGGAUUAAGGCAUCUGAGCCAAGGAGAUUGCAGUGCUCUCUGGCCGACUUCAUUUUCAGAAAUUACAACUAUUGGAUGUGUGUUGAAGGGCGAUAUGUUACAUCUGAAAAAUAAAUGUAUUCACUCUGGAAACUACAUAAGUAAAUAGAAAUGUUUCAUUUUCAGUGAUUCUUUGCUUAAAAUGUUUUAUUUUUCUGAAAAGAUGUGUUU